UGUCGAUGCUGAUGACGUCGCGCCUCGAAACACGUGGGCCACGGCAUCCAGAGCUCACAUAAACAAAGCCACAUUGAGGCAGGCUGGAUAGUUGGAGCUGGAGUCGCUGUAAGUGCGCGGAGUCACACACAGUUUCACCGCUUGGCGCUUUUUGCCAAAGACAGCUCAUGAUUUGGAGAUUUUAAACAAAUUUGAUGGUUACCUACUAUAUGCUUAUCGUAUGGACUGAGAGCGACGAUCCUGAUGUGAAAGAGUGGAAGGUGCAGAAAAGUGGCGCUCUCUUAAAACCUGACAUCCACACCACUCCUUUGCAUUGCCUGUUUCAAGUGUCACCGGAAAACUGUCAAAAGCUUGAGCCAUGCCCUGCGUCCAGGCUCAGUAUGGAUCAUCACCUCAAGGAGCCAGCCCCGCUUCCCAGAGCUACAGCUACCACACCGCAGGAGAGUACAGCUGCGACUUCCUAACACCCGAGUUUGUUAAGUUUAGCAUGGACUUGACCAACACUGAGAUCACAGCCACCACUUCUCUGCCGAGUUUCAGCACCUUCAUGGACAACUAUAACACCAGCUACGACGUCAAACCGCCUUGUCUGUAUCAGAUGCCGCACUCUGGAGAGCAGUCCUCCAUCAAAGUGGAGGAUGUCCAGAUCCACGGCUACCACCAGCAGAGCCACUUGCCUCCUCAGUCAGAGGAAAUGAUCGCUCAUUCUGGGCCUAUGUACUUCAAGCCGUCCUCACCACACUCCCCGAGCACGCCGAACUUCCAGAUCCAGUCCAACCACAUGUGGGAGGAUCCGGGCUCUCUUCACAGUUUCCAUCAGAACUACGUUGCGGCAACUUCACACAUGAUAGAGCAGCGCAAAAACCCCAUGUCGAGGCUGUCGCUCUUUUCGUUUAAGCAGUCCCCGCCCGGUACCCCCGUGUCAAGCUGUCAGAUGAGGUUUGACGGGCCGUUGCAUGUCUCCAUGAACCACGACGGCCCGGGCGCAGCGCACCGCGGCCUGGACGCGCAGAGCUUCGCUGUUCCCAGCACCAUCAGGAAGCAGGCCGGCCUGGCCUUUCCUCACUCCCUGCAGCUCGGACAUGGGCACCAGCUGGUGGACAGCCAGGUACCCUCGCCUCCUUCCAGAGGAUCGCCUUCAAACGAGGGUCUAUGCGCUGUGUGCGGAGACAACGCAGCCUGUCAGCACUAUGGAGUGAGGACCUGUGAAGGAUGCAAAGGUUUCUUUAAGCGCACCGUUCAGAAGAAUGCAAAAUAUGUGUGUUUAGCGAAUAAAAACUGUCCUGUUGAUAAACGCCGAAGAAAUCGCUGCCAGUUCUGCCGCUUUCAGAAGUGCCUUGUCGUCGGAAUGGUGAGAGAAGUUGUCCGAACGGAUAACCUUAAAGGACGGAGAGGUCGCCUGCCAUCCAAACCAAAAAGCCCCCAGGAGCCCUCCCCUCCUUCGCCCCCAGUGAGCCUCAUGAGCGCUCUGGUUCGGGCCCAUGUGGACUCCAAUCCCUCCAUGUCUGCUCUGGAUUACUCACGAUUUCAGGCGAACCCUGACUACCAGAUGACCGGAGACAACACUCAGCACAUCCAGCAGUUCUAUGACCUCCUGACGGGCUCCAUGGAGAUCAUCCGAGGCUGGGCGGAGAAGAUCCCGGGCUUCUCAGAUCUCCCUAAGCAGGAUCAGGAUCUUCUCUUCGAAUCCGCCUUCCUGGAACUAUUCGUCCUGCGCCUUGCGUACAGGUCCAAUCCGGUGGAAGGGAAACUUAUAUUUUGUAAUGGAGCGGUGCUGCACAGACUUCAGUGCGUCCGCGGAUUUGGAGAAUGGGUGGACGCCAUCGUGGAGUUUUCUUCCAAUUUACAGAGCAUGAACAUAGACAUCUCGGCUUUCUCUUGCAUCGCGGCUUUAGCAAUGGUGACAGAGCGACACGGGCUAAAGGAACCCAAAAGAGUCGAGGAUCUCCAAAAUAAGAUCGUCAACUGCCUAAAGGAUCAAGUGACAUUCAAUGGCGGCGGUUUGAAUCGACCCAACUACCUGUCAAAACUUUUGGGGAAGCUCCCCGAACUGCGCACACUGUGCACCCAAGGGUGGGCAGGUGCCAAGUUCUGCUGGCAGAAUAAAUCAGCAUCUUCAUAAAGCUUGUAACAGAGGGUACCAUGAAGUCGAAAGCCAUGCUGACUUUGGACUUAAAACAACACUAUGGACCGACUUCACAUGACGUGACUCUUCAAAUCAUCAAAGACAGUGGAAUUUUAAAAGAGAACCGCAAUCAACUUAGUGUUUGCAUUUCCCCCCCUUCUUCAUCUUGAGGUAUAUUUCUGGAUUUAAUGGAAUAAAUGUACUUUCAUCCACAAGAGGUACUUUAGACCAAUGAGCAAAAAAAUGUUUUCCUCCUUCCUACCUGGUAUGAUGUUUCUGAUGUUGUCUGUGAUUCAAUAGAGGGUUAAAAUAGGGGAUAUAAUAGUUUUACCUCCUGUCCUUGAUACAUCUCUGUGUGGAUGCUCUUGAAAGACUGAAAACAAGCAGUAUACACAUUGUGAGUCUCCACAAACUCUUGACCAGGCUUGGCUUCAAAGUUUUGGUUAACGAUUUCAGAUGUUGCUGACUGUUGGACAGCUCACAGUUUUUGAAAAAUCCGCUUGUUCUACUUUUUUUUUGUGAGAAAUUGAAUUUGGGUUUCUAAUUACCUAUGUCACAAUUAUCUAAAUGAGCAGAAAUGAAUGCUUGACCAGUAAUAUACGUUUCUAAUGUGAAAUUCCUCCAAAUUAACUUUAGAAUAAUUUUGAUUUACUUCUAACAGUGUGAUACCUUGAGAUACAUAAAGAAUAUAUGAAUAGGGUGUCAAGCUACAGAAAAGUUUUCUCACAUGACAUGUGCCACAUUAGUGAGGUGUGUUUACUAAGUCGUCCUCUAAUUUAAUUAGAGAAUAGAUUUCAUUGUAACAGGUUGAAUUUUGAUUAACAAUUGCAUCAACAAGCUUUUGCCAGCUUUUCCUUUUUGUUUUCAUUGUCUUGGAGUUAAAAUGAUUCUGUGUUUUUUUAUUUAACUCUGCUUUGUUUUCACUUUUUAUUUUAUUAAUUUCCCUGCAUCCUAUGUGAUCAUUUAGUUUCCUCCCAUUAAGUUUUCUCAGUUUUCUUAGCUCCAAGCUGUCAUUCAAAUCUGCAAUCUGUUUUGAAUUCAGGUCAUCAUUUCCCCAAGUGUCAAGUUUACUUUAGUUUCCUAAAAUCCUCCAAUUGUUAUGCCCACGCUUUCCCUCCAUUACGUGUAAUUUCAAUUUCAAAAUCUUUCUAAAAAAUAUUCAGUCAUGAGACUGUUAACCUGUUGCCUACAUUUGAGUUAAGUUACACAAUAAAACAUUAAAAAAAACAACAAAAAACUAUGAACAACCAAACUUUUGAUAUAUUUAAUAAUGUAUAUAUCUUACAGUACCUACCAACUAUCCACAAAUCCCUGAGGACAAUAAUUCAGUUAAAUAGUGCAUCAGUGUUUUUCAUGGGGGCUGCAUAGGUAGCAUUGUUGCCUUGCAGCAAGAAUGUUCUGGGUUCAAUUCCUGGGGUCUUGUUGUCUUUCUGUAUGGAGUUUGCAUGUUCUCCCUGUGCAUGCAUGGGUUCCUCCUGGGUACUCCGGCUUACUUCCACAUUCCAAAAACAUGAUUGUUAGGCUAAUUGGAUUCUCUAAAUUGUCCUUUGGUGUGGGUGUGUUUGCAUGGAUUUAUCUCUCGGUUUGUCUGUGUUUCACUGCAAAAGACUGGCAACCUGUCCAAGAUGUACCCUGCCUCUCGCCCCAACACUGCUGGAGAUCGGCACCAGCCCCACUGCGACCCUGAUGGAAUAAGCGGCUGAAGAUGGAUGGAUGAUUUUCAUGGCUGGCAUUAGAAGCUAUUCCAAACCUUACAAACAUACUUCCUCUCUCUCACCUCCUUAUUUCAUUAUAAAAAAAUAAAUUUGUUAGAGAUUUUGCUCUGCUGCAACUCCUGGUAGUGCCAGCACAUUAAAUAAUAAUUCUAUGUAUCUUUCGCUCAGAUUUCACCCAGUGUCACAUUUUUAUGUGUAAACUUCCCCCCGGUUUUGUGAAGUGCUCUGCUGCCUGAGCUUGUAAUAAAACAUGUUUAUUACACAAUCCCAUAAGCCCUGCCAAAUAAAUAAAAUGAAUG